AACAGUCUCCCGCUUCAGUUAUCACCAGCUGUGAGGAAAUGCCAAAAGAUUAUGUGAAUGAAUAUGAGCCUCUGCUCAUUAAAGGAGUCAAAGACCCUACCAGCUCAAAGUUUCCAAGCAAACUACUUCUCCUGGCCAUGUUUGCCACAUGUAUAGGAGGGACCUUUCAGUGUGGAUAUAACAUAUCUGUCAUCAAUGCACCCACAAAGUACGUGCAAGAUUUCAUCAACGUUACCUGGACAGAGCGUUACCAAAGCCACAUAUCAGAGAACGGUCUCACUCUGCUUUGGUCCACCAUAGUGUCCAUUUUCACUUUAGGAGGAUUUACAGGCGUUCUGAUCGGCAGUACUUUAUCUGUGAAGCUGGGAAGGAGAGGAACACUGCUGACCAAUAACUCGUUCUCAUUGAUGGCUGCUCUGCUGAUGGGCCUGAGCUCCACUGCUGGAUCGUUUGAGCUGCUCAUCAUUGGACGUCUUCUUUGUGGGAUAAAUGCAGGAGUGGCUCUGUGUGUUGAACCUAUGUUCUUGGGGGAAAUCGCUCCGACUGCUUUACGAGGCGCCAUGGGGAUGGGAACCUCCAUUUUUCUCACUGUUGGGAUCUUUUCCGGACAAGUCAUGGGCCUGAAAGAGAUUCUGGGCAGAGAGGAGGACUGGGCCCUCCUGCUCUCCACCACGUGCAUCCCAGCUUUUCUGCAGCUCCUGUUCCUGCCCUGGUUCCCAGAGAGCCCGCGAUACCUGCUGAUUGAUAAAGGGGACGAAGAGGGAUGUAAAAAAGCUCUGAUUCAGCUGCACGGUGUGGCGGACUCUGUUGGUGCACUGCAGGACAUCCAGAGAGAGAAGGAUAAUUUAGUUGGUUUCAAAGCCAAGAAACCCUGGGAGCUUUUCGCUGAUCACAGCGUACGCUGGCAGCUCCUCACCGUCAUGCUGCUCAACGCCGCACAGCAGCUGAACGGCGUCAAUGCUAUGUACUUUUACACACAUUACGUGUUCCAACAGUCUGGUAUUCCCGCUGAUAAAAUACCGUAUGCAACCAUUGGAACAGGUGCCUGUGAAUGCAUCACAGCUUUAACAUGUGGUCUGCUCGUCGAACGUCUGGGAAGAAAAGUGCUCAUCUCAGGAGGAUACAUCCUAAUGAGYGUCUGCUGCGUUUUAUUCACCCUGACGCUCGCCCUUCAGGAUAUCAGUCCAGUUUUCCCCUACCUGAGCGUUGUCUGUGUUUUUGCUUUUGUCUUGAGCUUUGGCUUGGGACCAGGUGGUGUGACCAACAUCUUGACCACGGAGCUCUUCACCCAGACUUCUCGCCCUGCUGCCUUCAUGAUCGCAGGAUCAAUCAACUGGCUCAGCUUCUUCUUCAUCGGCUUGGUCUUCCCUUUCAUCAUGAUCGGCCUUCAGCACUACAGUUUCCUGGUCUUCUUUGUGGUCUGCUCCUCGGUGGCUGUAUACAUUAUCCUCGCUGUUCCUGAAACCAAGAAUAAAAGCUUUGUGGAAAUCCAGCACGAGUUCCAGUCAUCCCGCAAGAAAAAGGGCGUCAGUACUGAUGAAGCAGAAACACUCAUWAUAUCCACUAGUUUGUAAAAUACAUCAGACUGAAGUGUGGGGCUCUGGCAAAAAGAUGAGCAAAAGUAUCUUAUAGUUCACACAAAACAUACAGUAGCACCUCAACAUUAUCACAAAGUGUACUAUGUUGUAAAUGUGUAAAUCUUCAGUUAUUUAAGAUAAUUUAUUAGUUUUUUUGGUUCAUCUCCAAACAUGAGCUCAAGUAAUUUACAUCUAAUAUGUUGUAUCAAAAGAUGGUUUGUGCAGCUUUUUAUGGUGCUCUAUUUAGAUCUAAUAAAGAUCAACACGUGAA